AGAAAGUUGGAAAGUUAACCAAAAAAAUGAACUACACACGCGCACCUACCCAAGCAACACUUUCAUUUCAUGUAACUCAUAAAAAAUUGAAUUCAAUUCAUUCAAUUUCCUUUCAAUGGCUACUUCAGUUUCUGCUUCUCAUCUCUGUAUUUCAUCAAUCACAAACUGUUCCAUCCCUUCAUCUUCAUGGAAAGUCUCAUCCUCACGCGUCACGUGGCAGAGGCGUGCCUGUUGUCGAGCUAUGGUUCAAAUUCAAACCGGUGCACCUGCUGCGUAUGCCAAGGAAAUGGAACGCCUCUCCGCCAAAGAAUCGCUUCUCCUUGCAUUUAAAGAUGCAGGUGAAUUUGAGGGCUUAGUGUCUGGGAAGACAACUGAAUAUCAAAGAAUUGAUGUGAAUGAGAGGAUAACCAGCCUUGAGCGGCUCAAUCCAACACCUCGACCCACGACGUCACCUUUUCUAGAAGGUCGAUGGAAAUUUGAGUGGUUUGGUCCCGGAUCUCCCGGGUUGUUUGCGGCUAGGGUUAUAUUUGAGAAUUUUCCUUCAAGCUUAGCUAAUUUGUCAAAAAUGGAUGUCUUUAUCAAGGACGGAAAUGCAAAGAUUACUGCAAACACAACAUUUUUAAACUCGAUAGAAAGCAGCAUUAUUCUCUCAACCAAGUUAUCUGUGGAGGGGCCACUAAGAAUGAAAGAGGAGUAUGUGGAAGGGACUCUUGUGUCACCAACAGUUUUGGAAGACAGGGUACCAGAACAGCUUAAAGGUGCACUUGGACAGGCAGUUAAUGUAUUACAACAGCUACCGGCACCUUUACGUGAUGCUCUUUCCAAUGGACUAAAAGUUCCUCUAAGUGGAAGCUUUCAGAGACUCUUCAUGAUUUCUUAUCUCGAUGAGGAGAUACUUAUAAUAAGGAACACAACUGGGAUUCCAGAAGUUUUAACAAAACUCGAAACAUCACCGCCUCUGGGAGAAUCAAAUCCAGAGUAUGAAAGCUAGGAAUUCUGUAUGAAAAGUGAAUUAUUUUUCCUUGGUUUUCGAGGUGUAAAGUCAAACUCCUAUUCCUUCCAAUUACCUAUGUGAAUACAGAAGUUUCAAUUUGAAACUGACACCAUUUCUUACAAAACCAUAUUUCAUGUUUCAGUAUCACAACAAAA